AUGGCUGUGGAAGGUGGACUGAAUGAUGAAGAAAUACGUCUCAUAGUAAAUCAGGAAUCAAGUGACGAGGAAGACCUAGUUUUUCGUGGUUCAGUUACAGAAGAUUCUGAUGAUGAACUUGAUGGUAUUUUAGAAGAUUUUCGUCAUAUGAAUGUGAUUGGUCAAACAAAUAAUGAAGAGGAUGCCUUUAGUGGCGAUGAUGAUAUGAAUUUGCAAGAGCUAUCUCAGGAUUUAAGAAGACAAGGAAAACUAAAGGUAUUGAAUGUUCCAAGAGUUCUUUACGGGAAAGGAAAAAAUAAUAGACACAAGUGGAGUGGAGAAAAGCCAGUGAGGCGUAGAACUCAGCAGCGCAACAUUAUUAUGCAUUUAUCUGGAAACAUAGGUGAAGCGAAAAGUAUUACAAUGCCAAUAGAAGGUUGGGCUCUCUUUCUAAAUGACGAAAUACUAAAUAAAAUUGCAUAUCAUACAAAUAAAGAAAUUGAAAAACAACGUAAGAAAUAUAAAGGCUUUCAGGAGGAAGAAGAUGGUCAAACACCCUCCCCUCAAAAUAUGUCAGUGCCUGAGUACUACGUUAUGGAACUCUCCAAGCCAUGGUAUGGAUCCCGUCGCAACAUAACCAUGGACAACUGGUUCACCAGCAUACCAUUAGCCAAAAAUCUGAUUGGAAAGGAAUUGACCAUGGUUGGAACGACUUGA